CGUUUUAGCUUGUGACGUAGUCCAAAACAAGGAAACACCUCGCGAAGGUCCCUGUCUGCUCACGACAACCCAUAGUCCUAGUCUGCAUCAACAUGUCAAUGUUACAGCGACUGUGGGGAUCGCAUCCUAAAGAAAAGGAAAAACCUGAUGAAAAGCAGUCUGCAGAGGUGGAGGAGAUAACAGAUGACCAGCCACACAACCCUUACUCCGAGAUCCUCGUAUUACACCAACACACUGACAUUGUCCGCACAUUGCUCAAGAUAGAUCACAAAAGGUGUGCAUCUGCAGGGGAUGAUGGGAAGGUGAUCAUAUGGGAUAUACAGGUCGGCAGGAAGCUUCAAGUCCUAAGCGGCCAUUCCCACCGUAUCACCUGUAUGUUGCUGUUGAUGCCUCAAAGAGACUCCUCAGAUGAUUGGCUGCUUCUGACCGGGUCGUCCGACAAACAGAUCAGGGUGUGGGACAUUGACACUGGGACCUGUCGACAUGUUAUCACAGAACAUAACAGCUCAAUCAAGUGUCUGGUGACGAUGGGGGAUGGGGAGAUCUUCUGUGGGGGAGGAGAGCACCUGUCUGUGUGGAGGCAUGAUGGGAAACUCCUGCACAUGGUACAUCGCAAGGAUCAGGAAGAUAUUUCCCUGAUGAUCGUGGUGAAGACAGAUCACAUUGUUACAGCUGCCGACAAGCAACUGGUGGUGUACUCUGUGGUGAACCCGAUGACUGGCGGGGAGCCGGAUGACAAGGAGAUCUCCCUGGUGAAGAAGCUGCCAUCACACCGAGAGGCCAUCCACAGCCUCAUCAGCAUCUCGGAGUCCUGUUUUGCAAGUGGAUCUAUUGAUGGGACAAUUAUUUUGUGGACAUCACAGAACUUUCUGCCUGCAAAGACCUUCAACACUGUGUCGGAGUAUGUGGGAGACAAACAUCUCUAUCCAUACAGCAUCCAGAGCAUGUUCUGUGUACAGGAGAGAUACCUGUUUGCUGCAAUGGGCUCCGGGUUCUGUAUGUUUGAUGUGAGCGUUGGUAAGGAGAGAGUUGCUGUGAGGAAGCUGGCUGCCCACUUCUCCAAGAUUCUGCAUAUUGGAUUGGCUUGUGAUGGGGCAUUUUUGGUGACAUCUUCGGAGGACGGGUCAAUUCGUCUGUGGGGCAGAGCACCGGCCAGUGAGGACUAUGAUUCUGCCCAUGAUUACCUGAAUCUGUUGCUGCCCAUGGAAAGGUUCACUGGUCUAAGUGGAGAACAACUGAAGCAGGUCAACUUUGCUGAACACAUACUGGAUGUUUCACUACUGGGAGAAUGUGUGGCCCACUCAGGGUCUGUCCAGACAUUUGUGGACUUUGACCAUGAGGGCUUGGUGUCCUGUGGCACAGAUGGAUUGGUUAUUGUCUGGAAGAAUGCUGAGCUCCAGAAAGUGAGAAGGAACCAGAAAGUGCGAGAGAUUCUCCUGUCAGUAGAUGGCAUUGUGUGAGGUGAUACUGGGGAGAGACGGGGAUGUGCAAUAAUGAACUGUGACCCCCACAGACUCACGGACACCUUGACUGUUGCAUGAAGAAUUUGCAGAAGUAGACUGUCAUUCUGUGUGAAGCAUUUCUGUGGACUCUUCAUAUGUCAUGUUGUAAGGGAGAAGGUUUUAGGCUGGAACCUUGACUUGGCAGUCUCACUGUAUCCACUGGUCAUGUUUUCUCUCAUCAUGGUGUGACGAUCUUGACUGAGUACUCAGAUAUUCAGGUAAAGCACUGAUGACUUAUACAUUCCACUUGCCGGUAAUACUCGUAAAAAUGAUGUGAAUGGUAUGAAAUAAAUAUACAAAUAACA